AACUGAUAUAGAUUUGUAAUCCACUUUGUGUAUAAUAUAAUAUAAUAUAAUAUAAUAUAAUCAUCACUAAAUGGUUGUCUUGCCAUGGCUCUCUCACAAGACUGAAAAAUUCCCUGUAGCGAGAACUUUUAGGGGCCAUAAGUAACUUUAAGCCUCUAGGACCUAUAACUCAUCCGAGCUAGUGGCGAUAAUGUUACAAAUAUAGGGAUCAAUAAGUAUCAUGAGUUCAGAUCAUCAAAUAGGAUUGACAUCCAUCAUAAGUCCUAGUGAUAGUUCUAAUCAAACUUCCCCAUCAAAUGAGAGUCCUCCUCAUGCCACCAUACUACAGCAUCGAUCUAAUUCUUCACCAGUACUGUCAAGUUUACCAACACUAUUUACUAAUUUAAGAACUAAUGAUAGUCAAGGAGAUUCUUCAUCACAAACAGGUAGAAGCUUAUUUCGAAAGUUUCUUCAUAAAAAUAAGUCUGAAGAUGAUAUUACUGGGGGUCCGAUAUCACCACCUCGAUCUCGCACUAACUCUUUAAUAAGAAGAGCAUCGGGUUCAAAGAGUCCAAUUCCGUUUCUUCAUCUUGGAAAUAGUGGCGGUAAUAAUUUGGCGUUAUCUGAUGGUGAUGAAGUUGAAUUAGAACCAUCUAUUUAUAGAAGUAUGGGUAAUAUUAAAGUACCUCAAGUUCUUUUACAUGAAGGAUUAUCAUUAUUGAAAGUAUCUCAGAAAUCAAAAAAGAGAAUAUUACUUAAGAUAGAUCCUAGUAACUUUAUAUUCUCUUGGAAGAAUGCUUCAUUUCCUUCAGCAACUAUAGCUUCAACCAUUACUACUUCAGCUUCAAAUUCUUUUCAUAAAGUUGUCCCUAGUUCAAUUCAUACUCCUAAAUCAAAAGUAUAUGAAUUUUCUUUAGAUAACAUUAAAACCGUUUCAUAUCAGAAAGAAGCAACAAAUUAUCGAGAAGAAUUACAUAUCUCUAAAGAGUUUGAAAAUCAAUGGAUUACUAUUAUCUAUUUCAACGAAAUUAAAAAGAAAUUGAAAACUUUACAUCUUAUUGCUGAUUCAGAACAUGAUUUAAGGAAAUUAAUUAAUGCCAUAAAAAAUCUAAAAUUAUUACGAGAAUAUUUGGCUAAAGAAUUAUUUAUUGAUGCCAAUAAUAUAGAUGAAGAUAAGAUUGAAAUUAUAAUGGGUAGACAUAGAAAUUCUAGUGGAGAUAAUGAAGAUGGUAAAAUUCAUCAUGUUCGAGAAUUCAUAUCCUUUAAUGAUAUACUAAAGUAUUCUAAGCGUCUUAACAUAAAUUUAAGUAUAACUUACUUAAAAACAGUGUUUAAUGAAGUUAAGAAGACUCGAAAUGCUGAUGAAUCAGUAUUUGAAGAUGGCUUAAAUUUUAAUCAAUUCAAAUUAUUUGUAUCAUAUUUAAAGAGAAGAAGCGAUAUUCAAGAUAUUUGGCAUAGUAUCUGCGGUCAAAAUCAACACAGGAUGUCGUUUGAUUUAUUUAAAAAUUUUGUAUCAACUACUCAAAAUGAAAGUAUAGAUGAAGAUCAACUUCAAAAGAUCUUUAGGAAAUUUGGUUCUGAGAGUCUGGACUAUUGGUUACCAGAAAAUUUCAAUAAUUAUUUACUUUCUAAAUAUUCUCAACCGGUAAAAUCAAUUUUUGAGGAAAUACCUGACUAUUUUAAUCAUCCUCUAAAUGAGUAUUUCAUAUCUUCAUCUCAUAAUACAUACUUGAUGGGAAGACAGGUUGGAGGAGAGUCAUCAGUUGAAGGUUAUAUUAAAGCAUUACAACGAGGUUGUAGAUGUGUUGAAAUAGAUGUAUGGGAUGGUGAAAAUGAUGAUAGUGAACCUAUUGUAAAUCAUGGGAGAACCUUUACUGUUGCAAUUUCCUUUACUAACGUUAUUAAGGCUAUAAAAAAUUUUGCCUUUGUUUCAACUACAUUCCCAUUAAUAGUUAGUCUUGAAAUAAAUUGUAAUGCAAACAAUCAGAGGAAAUUAGUUACUAUCUUAAAGGAUAUCUUGGGAGAUACUGUAAUCUUACAAAGAAUUGAUAUUGGAGGAAUUCUACCAUCACCAGCACGUUUAAAGAAUAAGAUUCUUCUUAAAGUUAAAAAGACUAGUCCAUUUAGCGAUUUAAUACCAGUAGAUGGAAGUUUUACUACACCAACCUUAUCAUCUACAACAACAACGACAACUACAUCUUUAAGUGAAGAUAAUGGUUCUGGAACUGGGUUUAUUAUUGGAAGAAGAAAGAAAAAACAUGCAAAAAUUAUUGAAGAGUUGAGUACUCUAGGAGUUUAUAUUCAAGGUAUAAAAUUUAGGAACUUUUCAUUACCUGAAUCCAAAACAUUCAAUCAUUGUUUCUCACUUAGUGAAAAUACAAUAAAAUCAAUGUUAAAGGAUGAAAGUAAGAGAAUUGCUAUUGAUAAACAUAAUAGGAAAUAUUUAAUGAGAGUAUACCCAUCUGGUUUUAGAGUAUCAUCAAGUAAUUUCUUACCAUUAAGAUGUUGGUGUAAAGGAGUACAAAUGGUUGCAACCAAUUGGCAAACAUAUGAUUUAGGACAACAAUUAAAUGAAGCAAUGUUUGAAGGAGUUCAGAGGAAAGGAUAUGUUUUAAAGCCUAAUUCCUUACGGAAACCAUUAAUAAAAUCUAUGAGACAACUGGUUAUUAGUAUGAUAUCAACUACUUAUAAGUUUUCUAUCACUAUGAUUAGUGCGCAUCAACUCCCUAAAUUAAAGGAUGAAGAUCAUGCUAUAAAUCCGUAUGUCAUUAUUGAGAUCUUUGGAGUAUCACCAUUAAAUGAUGAAACUAAGAUAAUGACUUAUAAUACAUGUACCAUAUCAGAGAAUGGAUUUAAUCCUAUUUGGAAUGAAACUUUCCAAGGUAAUAUAACUACAGAAUCAGAAAUGGUAUUUAUAAAGCUCAGUGUAUACUCUACUCUGUCACUAAAUAAUGAAGGUGAUAAAGGUACUUUUAUCGGUGGUCUUGUGAUGAGACUUACUGAUCUCAAACAGGGUUACAGGUACUUACCCAUCAGAGAUAAACUUGGUGAAGAGUUAAUAUACUCGUCACUAUUUGUGAAGAUAAGUUAUGAGCAGAGCUCGUGAGCAUCGGGGAAAAAAAAAAAAUAUCAGAACUGAAAAUUCGAUUUUUUAAUUUUUAAUAUAUAUAUAUGUAAGUAGGCC